GACAGCAUCCCGGGCAAUUUGGAAAUUACGUAAAAUAAAAUAUUGUUUGGACCAAAGACUUUCAAAAUAUAAAUUCUCCUUAAUUUUUUGUGUUCAAAUGUUUUUUAUUUUUAUGUAAAGUGUUCAGUGUUGAGUUCAAUGAAAUGAAGAAGUGAAAUUGAAACUACCACGGAAAAUAAUAACAACAACAGCAGUAAAAGUGAAUGAUUUUUUCUUUGGUUUUAAUUUUCGUAAAAAAUCCACCAAAAAUUAGGAAAACUCCUUUUAAAAAAAAGUUUGCUUAAAUUGAAAUUCCAAUUAAAAAACAACAAUUGCAACAAAAACAAUUGAUGUUAUACAUAUAUUUUUCUAUGACUAAAAGUUGUAAUAUAAGGAAAAAAAUCAAAUGAAUUUUAAUGAAUGUUACAUAAAUACCAAAAAUAGUAGCAGUAGAUAGAAAAUGAGAAAUUAAUGAUGUCAAGCUGUUGGCAUGGGUGUCAAUGAUUGAUGAUUUUUCUUUACAAAAAAACAAAACAACUGCUACAAAAAAGUGAAUUUAGUAAAAAUAAGUGAUUAUGUUUGUGUUAAAAUUAUAAAAUUCCAAAAAGAAAAGAAAAAUACUUAAGAAGUCAUACCAACACAACCAUGUAAUGGUCAGCAUAUUAAAAACACAUAUAAAAAAAAACAUAAAAAAGUAAAAACAUUAAGCAGUAAUUUAAACAAAAAGUAAUUCAUUAUUAUCAUUAGCAUUAACAUUAGCAUUAAAUGAAAUACAAUUUUAUAAGCAACACCUAAAAGUAUGCAACAAAUGUAGCUGUAAAACUCAUCAUUUAACAACAGCAAAAGCAAAUCAAACAACGAUUAACUGCCCUUAAUUACAGCAAUAAAAAAAUCAGCAACAAAUAACAUCAUCAGCAGCAACAAUAACAAUUGUUAAACAAAAUAAAUUAAAUAAUUAUAAAUAAAAUAUAUAGUACUAAUACUAUUACAUUUUUAACAGAUCAAUUACAACAAUUCAAACAGCAAAAAAAUUCAAUAUAUCAUCAAAGAACACAACAACAAUAGUUUAAACUUAAUAUUAUAAAAUUUAACACCAAAGUUUAAAAUUUCAAAUUAAAAACACAAGUCAACAACAUCAACAUUGAUAUAUAUUUGGUUUAAAGUUUCUUUUUGUUUCCGUUUCCUUUUUAAUAUUUACUACACCCAAGUUAAAAGUGUUCAUUUGUGUGUGUAAUAUUUGCAACACCAUCAUCAUCAUUUAAAAACGAAUAAUAAAAAAAGAAACAAAAUAAAUUUUAUAAAGAAAUUUGAUGAAUUUUGAACAAGUGCACAAAAAGUAUAAAAAAAACUAAAUGAUUGUAAAUGAUGGCAUGUACUUGAAAACAAUGAUUUUCUAACUGAAAAACAUUUUUACUUCGAAAAUUCAUUAACAUCAUUAUCUAGUAUCGAUAUUAAAUUCCAAAGCAUAACUACAACAAUCACAUCAACAAUUGUCACCAGUAGUAACAGCAUUAACAUCAUCAGCAACAGCAUUGAAGCAUUAAAAAUUUAAUUAACAGCACUGAAGUUAAGCAAUAUUCAAAACACCUCAACUUGUGCCAAAAAAAAAACAUCAUUAAUCAACAUUUAAUUUUGAGUCGAGAUUUUAUUUACUUCAUUUGUCUCAUCAUUUGGACGUCAUACUGCACAAAACUCCCAAAUCUCCAGGAAAAUUAAAAGCAAUAUAUUUUUUAAUUAAAACUGAAAUGUUCAUUCUUCUAUCAAUAACUGAAAAAUAGAAAACAAAAAAAAAAACUAAAAAAAGAAAACUAAGAAAACAUUUGACAAAAAACUACAGUAAUUUAGUAGACUUCACAAACAAUUGUUGUAAAGAAAACAUUUAAACACCAUCUCUUACUCCAAAAUAUUUUCAAACUCAAACAACCGAAUACCAACAACAGCAAAAAAAACACAAACGCACAAUUUCUUUACCAAACCAAAACCAACUCAAACCCCCCAACAUUUAAUUAAAAAAAGAAACAGACAGACAAAUAAUAGAAAAAUAUUGCAAACUGGCGUUCUUUCAAAAUAUAAUGUGGAGCACUAUUUCACCGACAAAUUCGAAAAAACUUUUAAUUGGCAGCACACGCAGCGUUGACUAUGUCGGUGACAAUUCUACAACAAAAUCUACAAAGAUCUCAAUCGCAAUGGAAAUUCAUAUACAAAAUAAGUGCAUUUCAGCAUAGCGCAUCACUCUGGAGGGUGGUGCAGAGCCCCCAUGGCUACAGGGCCCCCUUAAAGCGGCAUUUUUGGGGGCCACUGGCGUCGGUAAAACAAGUAUAUUACAGCAAUUUUUCUACCAUGAUUUUCCCAAGACACAUCAAACAACAACCAGACGAAAAGUAUACAAGAGCUGCCUGGUAUGUGAUACAUGUAUACGAGAGCUGAUGGUAAUCGAUGUUCCACCCCAGAAACGAUUUCCAGCUGAUAAUUUUGCUGAAUGGAACAAUGGACAUCCACUGGGGUUGCGAACAGUUCAUGCGUAUGUUUUAGUGUUUGAUAUGGGAAACUUGGAAACAUUUCGGUAUUGCAGAUCUAUGAGAGAUCAAAUUUUGGAUAGUUUUAGUCAUCGUGAUUUUAGUAUAAUUGUAGUUGGCAAUAAAUAUGAUACAAUAAAUGAAACUCAAGCAAAUUCACAGGAAUUAAAAGAUAUUUCAACUUUAGUACGAAAACAUUGGCGUUGCGGUUAUGUGGAGUGUUCAGCACAAUACAAUUAUAAAAUUGGUGAUGUUUUUCGUGAAUUAAUGGGUUGUACCAGUAGUGGCGGUGCCAUUGGCACUGAAUUUUCACAAUCAAAUAGAAAUAAAGGACGUUGUACAAUACUUUAGCAAUUUCUGCAUAAGUUUUUUUAAGUGCAUCAAAAGUAUUUUAACAAAUUUUAAUAAAAAAAUUUAUAAUUUAAGUAAAAAAUUAAAAGUAACAAACAAAUCCAAAACAAUUAGCAAAAAAUAACUGGAAACAUUAAAAUUUAUGAAAUUUGCAAGCAACAUUUAAAUGUCAGAUGUUUUAUAAAAAUUUAGGCAAAAAAAACAUAGUUUAGAUUUGAAUGGCAGAACUAUGUAUUAGGAAAGAACACAACAACAACAAGUAUUUUUAAGCCAAUUUGAAACUGGAUUGGAAAUGUAGUUAUAAAAUUAGUUACAAAUACUUGAUAAUAUUAUUCAAUAUAAGUAGAUAAUAAUGUUAAUAAAUAAACAAUAAUUACUUUAGAUAAAACAAGCACAAAUGUAUGUGUAUAAAUGAAUGAUUAGUAAUAAAAAAUAUUAAUAAAUUUAACAACAAA